AUGCCGGGAAUUGUGUGGCAGAAUCUCGACGCGGUGACCAUGUCGCGCCUCGGCGUCGACCUUAUACGCGAAGAAUUGGCCCGUCGACAGCUGAACCUCACAGGUUCGAAAGAGGAGCUCGUUCAGCGUUUGCAAGCCGACAUUCAGCAGCAGCGUGAAGCUACCCCCCCGGUUGAAACGAAUGAAUCCGCAUCGAACGCUGCGGCGUCUUUGACGCUGGACCCAGCCACUCUACAGAGCCUCGCCAUGCUGUUCCAGCAGCUACCUCGCCCUGCAACAACGGUGACGACACUGCCAGACCUGUCAUCGUCCAUCCCGCAAUUCGCUGGUUUGCACAGUCACAGUGUCAAUACAUGGCUUGACGACGUACGACGAGUACAGCAGCUCGCCUCGUGGGACGACGCCACCACACGCCUGAUCGCAGCUAGCAAGCUGAAAGGCACGGCGCGAGACUGGCAUCUCGCGUUCGGCAACCAGUACAGCACCUGGGCCAUGUGGAGUGCCGCCCUGAAGGACACAUUUUGUACAGAAUUGGCCCUCAUUGAGUGGCAAGAGCAGGUCAUGAGGGUAACCCAGGCCCCAUCCGAAAGCUUGCACCAAUAUGCCUUUGCCAAGUUGAAGAUCAUUGAGCGUUGCCCCGUUAACCUCUCUGAGGCCCAAAAGAUUGACUACCUGCUGCAUGGUUUACGGGAACAACACAUCCUCGCCGCCAUAGCAGCCAACCGGCCGCCCACGGUAGCUGAGUUUAUUUCUACUUGCACCAGCCUCGACAAGAGUGCGCAACAUCUGCACGCCAAAGCAAGCCCGUCACCAUUUGCCGGUUCUGUUUGCCGCCGUCGCAUCCCUUUCGUGCCGCUAAGCCCGCAGAGCGCCAGCAGCCUCGCUCAGAACAAUCGACACCACAGUCCUCCCGAGGAGCCACACCAAAAACGCGCAUUUCAGAGCUGCCCGCCGAGCAACAAGAAGCUACUUAUGCACCUAUUUCGGCACAGUAUGGCGCUCCAGCUUUUCGUAGCGGUCAAGACCUGUCUCAAGCUGUCUGCUACCAAUGUCAUGCCUUGGAAGCCAGGCCCAGUUCCACAGACUGCCUACAACGUGAUCCGUUGCCAUUGCAAGAGCAGCCACCAUGGCAAGCGUUAG